UAUGGUAGCGAGUACACUAACUCUACUCUUAAUUUCCUGCGAUCGUUUCUUUGGAAUUGUGUUUGCUAUCCGGGCACGGAUGACGGCUCGAAGGGCAAGAUAUUCUUUAGGUUUCGUUUGGUUGGCUGCUUCUACCGUGGCCACACCAUUAAUAUUCUAUCAAAAAUAUAGAGAAAAUAAAUGGAAAGACUAUACAGAAAAAUAUUGCUCCGGCGAUUGGCCAAGCGUUACUGUUCAAGAAGGCAACAACACUAUUAUAUAUUUUCCUUGCAGAACAGCCUAUUUCACAAUCGUAUCCGGAGCACUUUUCUUUGCUCCUUUAGCAAUUAUGGCGCCAGCCUACGGCGCUAUUUCCUGUAAGCUCUGUAAGGCAUCACAACCCGGCGAAAGGGUGAGUGCUGAUCUGAAUAACCAAAGGAAAAAGACUAGAAAAGUCAUAACCAUGUUGGUUGUAUUAAUAGUCGUUUUUGCUGUAUGCUGGGGUCCCUUACAGUUACCUGAUUGGUUUCAUACUUUGCAAUUUUGGUCAAAAAUUGGAGCCUUCCUUAAUAGCGCUUUAAACCCACUGAUAUAUGCUGGCUUUAACAAUAACUUCAAGAUUGGCUUCUACGCUCUCUUCUCCACAGGAAAGUCAAACUACGGAUACACAACAGCGAAAUUCAGAAGAGAAUCUUCCGAAGUUACAGCUACCACUAAAUUAGCCCCAGGCCAUUCCCAAGCGUAUCCGCUAACGCUUUUAAACAAAAAUAAAAAAGACAAACUACUGUUGUGA